AUGCACUGCAGCGGGCCUGUCCCAUCACGGCAGCAGAUUAAAAUGGAGGUCUGCGGCGGUGGAGUCUUUCGUGCUGCCACUGGACAUUACGGCGAGUCUGAGAUGACGAUCUUUGUCAGCUAUUAUUUCAAUACACGAGAGAGUGGUGCCCUGUCUGCAGAGGUCCUCGUUCGUCUGCGGUUGACGUUGGGGUUUGUUGACGUUGGCUUCGGUCGGCGUCUGGGCACAGAGAGCUCUGAACCGCGAGGAUUGAACGCCGGCUUCACCGCGGCGACGCGCUCUUUAUCACCAAACCAAUUAAGGUGA